CGGAAUCAGCCCUCGCUCGUUAAAUCAGAGAAAAGUUCCGCCAAAAUAGAUUUCCAGUCGAGACAAAAUCAGAGAUUCACAUACACAAAGACAGGGAGGGAGAGAUAGAGAGAGCGCAAAGAAGGCAAUGGCGGACCUUCUGGGAUGGCUCUUGACCUUCUUGCUCCUCAUUUCUCUUCUCGGCAUUCUCGGUUUCCAGCUCAUGUGCUUGACAGAUCUUGAGUUUGAUUAUAUAAAUCCGUAUGAUUCGACAUAUCGGGCCAACAAGGCUAUUUUUCCGGAGUUUAUUACGCACGGAGUGUUAUGCAUUGUCCAUCUGGUGACAGGACAUUGGCUCAUGUUUCUGUUAUCCUUGCCAUACCUGCUCUACAAUGUGAGAUUGUACACACAACGACGUCACCUAUUACAUGUAACUGAUAUUUAUACGAACUUGAAUUGGGAAAAGACACAAAGGCUUUUUAAGCUUGGCUACAUUCUGAUCAUCUUUGUGCUAUCUUUAUUCUGGUUGCUUUGGACUGCUGGAGACGAAUAAAAUUAAUUCAACUUUGGUGCUCGCAUCAACAUUGUGAUUAAUUACAGGUUCUUUUGGUUGGGGAAGACAGAUGGACAAGCAGUUGUGAAUUGGACAUGGUAUUCACUCUCUUAGUCAAAGCCACACCAUUAAUCUAUGCAAGUGCAAACCUGUUUAUAGCAUUAUCAGGCUCCACUUCAAUUGCCAAGCUCCUCCUCUGUUCAAUAUCUUUUAAUCCCUCCAUUCACAAUGUCGAGCACCAGAAGCUGGAAGAAGACUAAAUCAGGUCACUCUGGUGCAUUUUAAUUCAUAAGUUUUUUGAUCUAUUAGAGUUCUGAUGAUGUAUGUUAUUUCUUCUCUUUAUCUGUUGAACAAGGCCAAGCUGAAAAGACUAGAUAGGCUUGACAAUUUACCAUAUUAGAGAGAAUCUUAGGCGGUUGGUUUUUC